AUCAUGUGACAUACGCGGAAAUGGUCGAAGGCUUGAAAGUUGAAAGUGCUUUAAAGUUGUGGUGGUACGUGAGAGAAGGUUAGUUCGAUGUGAGGUGUCGUGCUGUCAGCUACUCACUCAGUACUUAACUCUAGUCUACAAAGUGUCAUGGAAUCUCCAGCCACGGACACCGCGCUCCAAAAAACUCAAGAACCAAUGGAUAAUGAGCACGCGGGACAGGUAAAUGGUGUAGUGCCGACCGUUCCCAAGGACAGCAUCGAGCGUCUCAUCCUCAGGGCCUACGCCAAAAGACUCAAGCAUCCGCAGCGACAGGCCAGCGUCGCCACGCCAACGCCAUCUCCCACUGAGACUAAUGAUAAUUCUCAGAGGAACACAGUGCCGAAGAAGAAGAGGAAGACUGAUCUGAGGAAGAAUCUGACUAAGCUCCUGCCAAGCUGCAUCCGCCCACAGGCCAAACAGCGUGAGGUUUUGCCCGUGGAUGAUGAUGGACAGCAGCCUGCAUGCCUGGACCCAUUUGAAGCAGGCAAACAGGAAGAGGAAACUGAAGCGGUUGAAGUGGCCGACAAACUGGCACAGAUAUCAGGCACUGUUUCCUUUCUUCCGGGAGAGUACGAGAGCGACAACGGAGACGAAGACCUUGUUCACGAGCUUGUGAAGUUGCUUCGUGAAUCUGGCGACGAGUUGAAUGAAAAGAUCAAGAACAACAAAGCUUUUCAGGAACAGCUCCAGAGGGCCUUCACCUACAGCUUUUUUAAAACGGUGAUGAGUGGUUUCCUUGCGAAGCUCAACCUGACCCAAUCCAACCCCUUCACGGAGUCCCCUGAGAAGACCAAGAUCGCCAUGACCUGUGACGUGGUGACCCGCCUCAGUACCAUGGACACCCAUCCCAUGAGCCAAGCCAUGGGCUUUGGGGAAAAGUACCUGAAGGACUACUUCACGCCCUGGGUCGUACAGAAUGGAGGCUGGAACCAAGUUUUCAGCCUAGACGAGGAGGAGGAGGAGGAGGAGGAGGUCCAGUGAGCUUUGGGGGAAAGGGUUUUUGGAAUCCCUGCCACAUUCCUAUUGGCUGAGGCGUUAAAAUGACAAUUCCUCGUUGAUUAAUCUCAGGGUUACCUACAUUGCUUUACUUCCUGAAAGCUGACUCCGUGAUGUCUGCCCAAGGAAGCCACGUUGCUCUACUCAGGACAUUUCAGGGUUUUUUUAGAGGUGCUCUAAGUCUCACUUGCAAGGAAAGGUCAGUCUUGAAGAUGACUUGAGGUGAGCUGACCUCAGCCCAGGUCUGCCCCUGAUGCUGACUGGACCCCAGCCUGAGACGGUACCUUCCCAUUGGCUGCUGCUGCUGCAUGGCAGUGUAUGGGUUAUGAUAAGUGCCAAACACUAUGCUGUGACCGGUUACCUCACAGGAUGCAGCACCAUGGAUUGUUUGCAUUAAACACUUGACAUGUGCACUUUAAGGUACCCAGCCCAGUGUAUGGGGUUGUAUUUAGGAUUUUGAAAGACUCUGAAGAGUUUAUAAGCCUCUCUUGUUAUGUUUUAGUUUUUUCUUUUACUUACUUAGUUGAAGAUCUUAAGGUUUUUUUAUUUGAUUUUUUUCCUUGUUCUUUCUGGCUUGUACAUGUACUGUAUGAACUUAGUAAUUGGUGGCUAUAUUCAAUUAAACAAAUAUCAUUUUUGUAAAGAA